AUUAGGACGAUUUAAAGAAAUAGUCAUAGUGAAUUUGCUUCAACUAUUACACAGACAAAGCUACCUAUUAAAUGAUAGACGAGCUGAUUAUUAUUAGUGGAUUGGAUCUAGAAAAUUUUUAAGUGAAGGAUGACUAUUACUUUAACAAUGUUUAAUUGACAGUCCAAGGAAACAAAGACCAAGGGUGUGUAAAGACAUUGAUAUGGAAGAUUCCAAGUUGUAUUUGUUCGAAGGUAAAAGAGAAAUUGAGAUGUGUUAUAUUGAAAAAGAGGUUGAAAUGGAAGAUUCCAAGUUAGGUUCAUUUGAAGUUAAUAGAGAGACUGACAGCUCUGAGACUGAAUGUAAUAUGUUAAUGUUGAGUGAUUUUAACAAUCAAAACAAUACUAACCAUAGUGCCCAUGUGAAUAUGAAAAUAGAAAAUGAUGAUUUGGUUGACUUUGUACAUGUUACAGCAAAUGAGAGUUUCUACAUGAAGGAGACAGAAUUUAAUACAGAUUUGCCUGUUAAUGCUGUGAAAGAUAACCAGACCAUGAUAAAUAGGUCAGAAAAUAAUGGUGAAGCAUUCAACUGGGACAAAAUAUCUAAGUUAAGUUCCUCCAAUGACACAGAAGAGAAAAACAAACAGACCAGGAUGAAGUGUUAUAAAUAUAAAUUCGGUAAAAAGGAAUUUUCUUUUAAGUCUCCAAUCAUUUCAGUGGAUAAAAGCUUAACAAUGUUGUAUGGUGGUAUACAUUUAAAUAAUACCUCCCCAGAAAAUCAAGAGUCAAAGGAAAAGCAAGGUGUAGAGAAUAAUGCACAUGUUAACAUAAAUGAAAGUUUUAACAUAAAAGAUAGAGAAUUAAAUAUGGAUUUGCUUGUUAAUUCUGAGAUAGAAAAUAAGUCAGAAAAUAACGGUAAAACAUUCAACUAUGACAACAUAUCUAAGUUAAUUUCCUCCAAUGACACAGAAGAGGUAAACAAGCAAACUAAGAUGAAGUGUUAUAAAUAUAAAUUCGGUGAAAAGGAAUUUUCUUUUAAGUCUCCAGUCGUUUCAGUGGAUAAAAACUUACCAAUGUUGUAUAUGUUGUAUGGUGGUAAACAUUCAAAUACUACUUCCCCAGAAGAUCAAGCAUUCAAGGAAAGGCAAGGUAUGGAGAAUAAUGCAUAUAUGGAUUCCUACAAAUCGGAAUUAGAAAACAUUAAAAAGCUAAACAAAAGUGAAGCUGAAAAGCCUGUUUCUGUGGUUUCAUCCAGUCAUGAUCACCCAGUCUGUUGUCAGGAGUCACUGAGUGAAGAGAAUGAAAACACAAACAUGAUUUCAUACAAAUGCAAAUUUUGCAAAAAAGACUCUUUUUCAAAAUCUUCAUUAAGAAGUCAUAUUAAAUUACACAAAGAAAGUGAAGGCUUCGUUUCUUAUCUUCCUAAACAACCAUGUGUAGAUUUGAUAAAAUCCGAUGAGAACAAGGAUCAAAUAAUUGGAAAAGUUUACAACUGUUUUCUUUGUAAAAAGGAAUUUACAAUUGAAUCGUCAAUGAUCAGACACAUUGAAUUGCACAAGGAAAAAAGACAACAUAAAUGCAAGAUAUGUGGUAAAGGAUUUAAACGAAAACAUCAACUACAGAAACAUGAAGUGAUUCACACCGAUUGUAAACCCUUUAAGUGUGAUUCAUGUCAGACAAGUUUUAAAAACGCUCGUGAAUUAAGGCAACAUAUUCGAAACCCUCAAAAAGAAAUAUUCGAUUGCUCUGAGUGUGGGGAAAGCUUUAAUACCUAUGAUGCCCUCAGAAGGCAUGAGAAUGUUCAUUCUAGAUUGUCAUCAUUUUCAUGUCAUAUUUGUGGAAAAAAGGUUUCUCAUUCUAACAAGGAGCGGCAUUUAAAAUUACACGACAGUAAAAAACAUUACAGAUGUGCCAAGUGUGGUAUAAAGUUUACUUUUAAAUGCCACUACUCGAGACAUUUGUUAAAUCACUCAGAAACUAAACCAUAUAAAUGUCACUUUGAUAUUUGUGAUAAAACCUUUAAAUCAAAACCUGAAUUGAAGAAACAUUUAAGACUUCAACAUCAAAAGUUUAUGAAUUUUAGUUUUUGUCAUCCAUGUGGCAAAGCUUUUAAAUACCGCAGCCAACUUCUAAUACAUGAAAAUAUGCACAGGCAAGAUAAAGGUUUUACAUGUGACAUAUGUGGAAAGAAGUUUUCUUAUAAAAAUUCCAUGAUAAAACAUCAACAAAUUCAUUUUGAAGAAAAGCCUUUUGAAUGUGCACCAAGGAAUGUGAAAAAAAUCUAAUGAUCAUGAUGAUACUGGUCAGUAAUUUAAAGGAACAAUUACGAACUCAUUCAUAUAUCUACCAAUUUAUAUGUGAAAUAUAUGAGGAAGGUGCUUAAAAGAUUUUUAUACAUUCCAUAGCCAUAACCUAUGCAUACACACACACAACUCAGUCCUCAUGUCUGUGACACUUGUGGAUAAGGGUUUGUAACGAGACAUCAUCUAAAUCAACACGUUAAAUAACACACUGAGGAUUAGAUUUAAGUCAUUCUUUACUAAAACUCUUUUACACAGACAUGAAAAGCACACAGCAUUUGCACAUUGAGCUGAAAACACUCAUGACCCUUAUUUUGUGUGGCAAAUUAAAGGAUUCCAUAGAAGUAGUAAUUUCAAGAAACACAAAUACUGGCAUGAACAGAAGCUGUAGAGGGAGUAAUUCAACUAUGUUCAGUGUGGUAACUUGUUUCUAUAUACAAUCAUGACAAUGUAGGCAUGAGGCAUGAACUAACAUAUAGAGAGGAGACGAAGAGUCAUUUCUGUGAAAUUUUUGGACAUAGAUUUCAUUUAAAAAAGUGAUCUUCAAAAACAUGUCAGAUCAAAUAAUGAGAUCAACCAUUUGUUUGUGAGUCGUGAUUGUGGUGCACGUUUUAACAUGUUUAAACGAGGGGGUAAACCUAAAAAAUCAUAAACUUUCUCAUUCUGGGGAAAAGCCACAUUGAUGUACAAUACAUGUAUGUACUAAACAGUUUAUCAAGAAAUACAAAUAUGUACUAUAGAUCAACAUAUGAAAUCACAUAAUAUGUGAAAAAGUUCUGAUAUAUUCAAUAUCUCAUACUACAUGUAUUAAACAUGUUGAAGGGACAUAAACAUUUCUU